AUGAGGAUCAUCAGCAAGGACCCGAACAAACAAGACAUCGAGAAGCUAAACGAGCUAUACAAUAGUGCAAAUACCAUUAUUCACAGUUUUCUCGGAAAAAUUGAUGAAAUACAACGAGAAGUGGCAGAUCUGUUCAUAUCAGAAUUCGGUGUCAAUGGAUCAAUUGAUCUGCACUCCCUGGGAAAGUUGGCUCGAAUAACGUCACAGUAUGCGUCCUUCGAAUGUUCUCAAAAACUCGGAAAGUACCAGUUAUCCGUUCAAAAGUUCUUCAACGCAUGGCAGAGUCUACGAAAAGAAGUAGCAGAGCUCUCGACCAAAGAAAGAGUGAGGUAUGCUCUAAUUCCUGCCAAGAUUUGCUUCUUUUACUUCUACAACGGCGAGUUAUGCAAGGCAGUAGUUUGCUUGUUGGACUAUGUUGAAUUGGUUCCCGAAGAUGCGAUGUCGAUGGAGGCGGCAUUAAGAUGGUUAAUGUUCCUCGGAGAAACGGAGUUAGCGGAGAAAAAGAUGAAGAGCUGGAAAAUGGCAAAAAAUUCUGCAGAUGUGUUUGAAGCGACGCGUAUUGGUAUAAGUUAUUUGAAAACAACGGAGAGUCGCUCGGCCGCACUCGACCAAUUGAUCCAACUUCGCGAUCGAAUCAAGUCAGAAAAUAUCCGCUCCUUUCCGAAGUAUGAGCUCUCCUCAUAUGUACAUUGGCUGUGCUCCACGUUGAGCAAUGUAGCCGUAGGAACAAGUCUUAGUGGAUGUGAAUUUCCGGAUCGAAUGUCACAGGUUCAUGAGUCAUCUUCCAAGGCCGAAGCCAUUAUCAGAAACAGAGUUCAUGGACUCGCUGCCUAUCAGUUCGAUAACUCGGUGAAUGCUUCUAUCUGUCAGUUCCUAAACGAGGGAAGUCAUGGAACAGAUUACGGUAACUGUUCACUAACAAAAGCAGUAAAUAUAUUUUUUUGUUUUUCAGUUCAUUUGGGAAGCACCGUCGCCUGGCAUUUUGAGAUGCGCCGCGAAUUAGCUCUCGUAAAUGUGGCCGCUGCACAAACUCGUGAUUCCAUAUCAGCAAUGAUUCUGAAUCUUCGUAUCGCUUUGAAGUCGGCUUCCUUUUUCCGCAUCCUUCAGAUGACUAACGUAUUGGCAUAUUAUACAGGCCUCGUUGAAGAAGUAGGCUGCGAGAAAAACGCUAGAUUGAUGAGAAUAUCCUGUGUCAACUUGCUAUCCUCACAACCAAUCGUUGUGCGAUGCAGCACUCCAAAAGAAACCCGAGCUGCAUCAAGAGCUCACACACCUUUACCAGGCGAAGAGAGUGGGAAUCGUCGUUCGAAAUCAGACACGUUGAAUAUUUUGGCGGAUGAAUUGGAAGAACUCGACUUGUACAACGAUCAAAUAUUCCAUCCAAUCACUCGAUCCUGUAAUUGUAAUGUGUGUCUGCAUUAUCCAUUAAGUACCACUUUCGCGGCAGAAUACAUGAUGGCGUAUUGUAUAAAUUCUGAUUUCACUCAGAUUUCCAUGAAACACUUCAACGAUGAGUUCGCCCAGAUAAGAGAACGAGGAAUGAAUGCCCAAACAAUGAUGCACCGAGACAAGAGUGUGCGCCCGAGACCCAACAUCAUUCAAAACGAAGUUUUUGGUCUGUGCGUUAUUCAAUGGCUCAAAAGAAAAGUAGAUACAAAACAGCUCGUGGAUACAGAAACACUAGAAAUAUUCAAAAACGCAUUGAAGAUUGUCAAAUAUCUCAAUCUGCGAACAACUGAUCUCCUUCUUGCUGUUCAACAACUUGGAAGACAACUCGAGUUCCCUCAGGACUGCAACUGUAGUUGGAUGCAUCCAAUAGUCAAAAAACCCCGCGUCAAAGCUCGGUUGGAUAAUGCAGUUGAUUUAUUCCGAGCUGUUUCCCCAUUCGGUCGUCGUCCAAAAAGCGACACUGAAGCUAGAGCACAACCAUUUAACAAGGAGAGAUACGACAAAGUGUGCCAUGAAAUUCGUCGUGAAAUGACUCAGUACACACAUAUUUUAUACAGGUAUCACAAAAUGAGAAUAUUUCUGAACAAUCGAAAACUUUUCAGAGAAUGGCGAAGUCGGUUGUUCCCAUAUGUUGGUCGUACAUCGAAGGAUCCAUGGCUAUCUGCAUAUGCAUGGGCUGAAUCAACACUUAUUGGUUCUAGGAAUGCAGUUCAAUGCCGAAUCGCAAAGUGCCGCAAAGGAGUAGUCACAAUAUCGGGGCAGGAUCGUUUCAAAAAUUGUGUUGAGGCGAUGCCUGAUGACAUGACACUUGUUCAAAUAGCAAUGGCGGACAAUAGGAACAUCUACCUCAUCAAAUUACAUGCCGAUCGUGAUCCCAUCAUUAUGCCUCUCGCGCAUCACACUCAAGCGGAUGAAUUGAUGGAAAAGUUCUCAUUCAUGUUGGAAGAAGACGAACGCAUUGCAAAAUAUCCAGGAGAUAUGACACCUGAAGAAUUUUGGAAAAGACGCAAGGUUGUGGAUGCACGCAUGAGAGAAUUUGUCAACGAAGUCCAGGAAAACUUUCUGGGCGUGGCUUCAUAUCUACUGAUGCCUUCCGGUCGAUUGGGAACGCGUGCAAAUGAGUUGGCUCGAAAAAUUUCCAAACUCUCAAAGGGAGGACUUUUGCCAGGAGAAGCCAAAGAAAUAGUCUAUCUAUCCAAAAAAAUGGAUUCGAAAUCUUGGAAAAAACUGAUUCUCCGGUUUUGCGAAAUGCGUACAACAGAUGAAGAUUUUGUGAGCUAUCUAUCCAAAUUUCAUGAAGUAUCUCUGGAAACACUAGCAGAGGAUGAAACUUCUUUAAUUGAUGCUUCAAACAAGAAAUACACAUACCUCGUCAUAUGUCCUCAUCUUUCCCAAUUUUGCUGGGAGCGCCUUCCAAUAUUCGAAGAUUUUCCGUACGUUGGCCGACAAGUUUCCAUUCACUCUAUCUUCAGCCAGUUAGAAGCGAUGAGGAACCAGGAGAAACAGAUUCCUCUACAGAUCGACGUACAGAACGCUUACUAUGUUCUCGAUCCAGAGAACAAUUUGGGUGAAACAAAGAAACGAAUGCUUGAUUACAUCAAUAAGUUCAAAUGGGAAGGGACCGUUGGAGAAGCACCUAGUUCUUCCGAGAUCACAACAGCGCUCUCUCAAUGCGACGCAUUUUUCUACUUUGGUCACGGAUCCGGGUCUUCAGUCAUGCCACGAUCAGUUAUCAAACAAUCAACAUGCAACGCUAUCAGUCUCCUGAUGGGAUGUGGAAGUGUCCGAACCAUUCCACAAGCACCCGGAUUCGAUGGAAAAUCAGCCCUGCACGACUACGCAAUGGCCAAGUGCCCUCUGAUCGUUGGAUGCCUGUGGACAGUUACAGAUGGAGAGAUCGACCGUUUUCUCAUGCGAAUGGUCGAUGAUUGCUUCGAGAAGACGAAAUCAGUAUCUGGAAUCGACAAACUUCGUCAACUUUCUGAAGCAAUGCACGAAGCGCGAUCCAAAGCAAAGCUGAGAUACCUUACUGGAGCAGCAGUUGUUAUGUAUGGUCUUCCAGUAGUUUCGAAGCCUGGAGUUGAAAAACAAAUCUCAACGACACAAACACCUGACAGAAAUCUAAGAACUUCUGGACUCCAAGAGGAUAACUCAGCUACACGGACCCCUAGCAGGAAUCUGAAAACCAGUUCCAAGCAAGUAUUUCCAAGAACCGUUGAUUUUCCUGAAUCGAAAGACACCCGAACGCCGUCAAAGAGGCAAGUACUGAAAGUACUUCCCACGGAAGCGACUACGACGAGAAUAACUAGAUCGAGCGCACGAACCCCUUCGAGAUCGCGACCAUGCUAG